AUGUCAGAAAAGCACUCCCACCACGACGGCUCCUCCUCCCGCGCCUUCACUCCCGAACAAAAACUGGCCGUUAUCCGCGUCCGAAAAUGUGCUCCCACAGCCUUUUACGAUAUUCUUGGGUUAGAAGCCACCCGAUCCACAGCAACCGACGCAGAGAUUAAGAAGGCCUACCGAAAACUCUCCCUCCUCACGCAUCCGGAUAAAAAUGGUUACGCAGGCGCCGAUGAGGCUUUCAAGAUGGUCUCGCGUGCCUUCCAAAUUUUAAGCGAUGCGGAUAAGAAAAGACAAUACGAUCGGACAGGCGGGGACCCAGACAGUCGAUUUGGCGCAGGAGGGGGAGGUGGAGCGAGCACAAGUAGUGCGAGUCCGUUUGCGGGCUUCGCGAAUCAGAGACGGCAGGGUGGCAUGUUUGAGGAAGAGAUCUCACCCGAGGAUCUGUUCAGGCAAUUCUUUGGAGGAGGAGGGAUGGGAGGCCCUUUCGGCGGAGGCAAUGGCUUUGUGUUUAAUAUGGGAGGCGCACCGGGCGUCCGCGUGCAUCAGUUUGGAGGAGGGAGGCCGAGGAGACGACCGCAUAAUCACCAGGAGGCUCAGCAGCCGGCGAAUCUGUUGCAAGCGCUGCAAGGGCUGCUGCCUUUGCUGCUGUUGUUCAUUAUCCCUCUACUGGGGAGCUUGUUUUCGGGAAGCACGGGUGGACCAACAGUGAGGUUUGAUAAGCCUGUUCCUCCGCACACACUAUCACAUACGAGCUCUGGGUUGAAAGUCCCAUAUUGGGUGCAGCCGAAGGAUGUGGUGGAUUACACGAAGAAGCAGUGGAAGGCGCUGGAUAAGGUGGCCGAAGGGAGAUAUGUCGCACAACUGCAAGGAGAGUGCGAAUGGGAACAGGCACAGAGACAAAGGAUGGCCAACGAAGCGCAAGGAUUCUUCUACACAGAUCAGGUCAUGCUUGAGAGGGCAAGAAGGAUGAAGAUGACGAGUUGUGACAAGAUCGAGGCACUGGGAUUGAGGAUUCCGAGGUACUAUUGA